AUGAUAGGAGGAAAAGCCUUCAUGCAGUGUGCAAAAAUGCUAAAAUCCUUAGAUCUAAUAUUUAUCAAACAGCUCUUAGAUAUGCAGGAGAAGCAAAUAAUCACGUGGCAUUAUCUUAAACGAGUUAAAGAAAGAACUUGCAAAGGAAAAGUCCCAAUCUGGUUUAUGUCAAUCGUGAUGAUCAUUAACUUUGACACAAGAGAGAUAAAGCAAGAUUUGCAAACAGGUAGCACAAACAAAUUAGCAUUAAUAUCCCAAAGAGUGAAGAUUUCAGAAGACAAACAUAAACUAGAUUGGAUACUAGUCAAUAGCAAAGAAAACGAGAUAGACAUUCGAAGAGUAGUUAACAAGAGCAAAGAAGGAUUCCGCACAGAGAAGUGA